CCAUGGCGCAGCGGCGCGCAGUUUCUCCUCCGCCCGCACUGCGGUUCGCGCUCCUGCUGCUGGUGUUCGGGCCGCGGUGCUACGAGGCCUGCCGGGGCCUGGCCCAGUACCGCGUCACCCUGGCCACCGCCUGGACGGCCAGCCGCUUCCCCAAGCACUACCCGCAGUGGAGGCCGCCCGCCCAGUGGUCGCAGCUCUUCGGUGUGAGCCACAACGCCAGUGUGCACGUUUGGCGCGAGGGUCGCUUGGCGAGCGAGGGCGUGCGCCAGUUCGCCGAGCACGGGCACGUGGGCCGGCUGAGCAGCCAGCUUGCGCAGGGCUUCGGCGGCGUGCUGGACGUUUUCCACGGGCCAGCCAUCGUCAAGGGCAGCGGAGCAUCCAACGCUGCCUUCUUCGCCGACGCACGCCACUCCAGGGUGUCGGUCAUGUCGCGACUGGUUCCCAGCCCGGACUGGUUCGUGGGCGUCGACGGACUCGAGCUGUGCGAGGGAGGCCGCUGGCGCGACCUUUUGCUGGUGGACGCGCAUCCACUAGACGCCGGCACCGACAGGGGCCUGACGUUCACUGCACCGCGCUGGGCCGCCCAGCCGGCAGAGAACGUCUCGCGCAUCACGGCCCGCUCGCCCAGCCACCCGGGAGCCUCGUUCCACUACUCGCACCUCGAGAAUCUGCCGCGCAUCGGCGUCUUCCAGUUCCGCAAGCUGCACGAGUACGCCUUGCACGGGGACGCCUUGGCCGACCAGCCACACGGUCACAGGGAGACUGCAGCACCGGCGGCAUCGGAAACGAUGCUCAGCACCCCCGCACCUUCUGCGGAACCCAGCAGUACCACGGGCAAACCACCGACGGACAGCGGCUCUUCGUCGUGCCAGGUGUCGGGCUGGUCGGCGUGGUCGGCCUGCAGCCAGACCUGCGGCCUGGGCCAGUCGCGGCGCCAUCGGCGGAUCCUGCGCUAUCCGGCCAGAGGUGCCGCUCCCUGCCCGCCGCUGCACGAGCUGCGUUGGUGCGGAAGCGCCAGGACCUGCAGGAAGCCGAACACCUACUUCCGGUGGAACCGCUGAGCCCCGGCCAUUCCGAGUGCAGGGCGCUUCGAAGACGGCCGGCAAGCUGUCUCCAGGCAGCUUUGCGUAUAUACCCUCUGGUCGGUCUCGCCGCGGAAGGGUGUGAUACCCAAUCCUCUUCGUUCUUUGUCUCAGGGGGUGCUGGAUGAGUUACGUGUCCAGCACGUUCGCCACUUCGGGACUGUCCGAAGUGAAACAAUGCCUAUCGCGCGCCUCGUCGCCACAGCUAGAGCUGGCAAGUAGGUGUAGUAAAACGAAAUUUUAGAACAGCCUCAACUAGCGGUCGGCAAUUCAUAGCAUGCCCCACGGAGACCAUUUGUCUGGAAGCGUUACUGUGCAUAGGGUGGAAGCCACCUAGUAAAUUAUAUUAAAUGAAAUUAAAGGGUUGAAAGACAAGCAAGAGCUUGUCUGAGAAGCUAAGAACAAAAUGCGGUGUUGUAAUUUGUUAUUCUUUGGAAUUCCAGACGACGAAAAAGAAGGCUGGGCCACUUCUGAGAAAAAAGUUAGUACCUUAUGUUCCGAUAAAUUAGGAAUCAUAACUAACAGUUCCCAGUUUUAGCGCGUGCAUCGGUUGGAAAACAAGCUUAAUAUAAAUGUAGGCCAAUAAUUGCUACGCUCACACUCUUAAAAGAUAAACAAGCAAUGUUGGCCGGUGCGAAAAAUUUAAAAGAUACUGUAUGCUCUAUUCGAGAGGGUUUUUCACUAGCUACACGACAAUCAAGCAGAAGCUUGAUCGAAUUCGCUAAACAACGGAAUCGACCUUUGAAACUCGCUAUAGAAAAAUUUCGCAUCGAUAAUAGCACUUACAUCAAUGAAAGUUCUUCUAAUGUUGUAGUCCAAUCUGCCAAAUAGCUAUUCGGUGCUGAACGCCGCCCUAAAAUUCAGUGAACAUCAACUUCGUGCGCUUGUUUGAGAAGCUGAGAACAAAAUGCGGUGGUUUAAGUUGUUAUUCUUUGUAAUUACACACGAAUAAAAAAAAGGCUGGGCCACUUCUGAAAAAAAAAGUUAGUGCCUUAUAUGUUCCGAUAAAUUGGGAAUCACAACUAACAGUUCUAGUAUAGCAACUUUCGGUAUCAUUUACUAACAUUCGCAGUCUGUUUUUAAAGAACGACCAGCUCGAAUCAUAUCUUGAUAGUAACUCCAACGUUCUAGUACUAACCAAGACAUGGCUACACUCCGAUGUAUUUGACUCCGAGCUAUUUUAUAAUUCUAAUCAGUAUGCCAGAUGCCGCUGUUAUUCUGUACAUAACCACGGUGGCGGCGUGAUAUACUGGUGUUCAAAAAAAAAAAAAAGCGCCGUAAGAUCCUUCCUUGUUGACGCUAACUUAAUUUACACUUGUAGUCUGGGUCGCCUGUUCCACCUUAUCUGGGAGGUUAUUGAUAAGCGCAUGCUAUCGCGUAUCUGUAUCCGACUGUUGUUUUCGUGCAGGAGCUUCAUAAAGGUAUAUACCAGUGCUCUAAAUCACUUUCCUACUAACAACGUUUAUGUAUAUGUAGAUUUUAAUUAUCCAGAUAUUGACUGGUCUCACCUUCAUCGACUUCUGUCUAAACUUCAAUCUCAUCAAGAUAGCUCGAAUAUUUUGGAUCUUAUUCUGACCACAUUUCCGCAUACCAAAAGUCCUGUCUUGCAAACUGACGGCUGUAGUGGCCAUAACCUUCUGCAGUUUUCAAUUAAUGUUCCAGUUAAAUUUGCGGAUGUUCAACUUAAUUUAUGUUGGAGAUAAAAGACGCAAGGAGGAAAACGGAGGAGGCGGGUAUGGCGAAAGGGUGAGAAGACAAGCGUAGUGCGGCAACAAUGAUUAUGGGAUGGCGCCAUAGUAGCGCGCGUCGUCUGGUAGGUAUGUCGGCGGCGGCUGCUGUGAAUCGCGCCCGCGCGUCACCCACGUGCUGACUCUUGCUAUCUCCAGAUUAGCCGAGGCAGUCGCGCCACACUUCUCUCCAUUUGCAACGUGCUGCACGAGACAGAUUGUCCGCGCCAGCCAAUAUAUCGCGAAAUGAAAACAUGUAUAAAGCUGCGUUCAAAUUUCGCAUUAGGGAGUUUUGUAAUUGUUGGCGAAUUUUUAGUUUUUUUUUUUACCUGCUCUUUUGAUGACGUAUGACAUAUCGCGUUUUUAAAGUUUCUAACCUUUCGAAUAAACGUUCAGUUGCCAGUCA